UUUAGUUAAUAGUUUGCCUCGACGAGUGAUUGUAGCGUUCUUUUCCUUAACUACUAAUAAUUUUACGUUAUUUAUUUUAAUUGUUAACAUAUAAAAUGCAGAAUAAUAAUGUUUUUGAAAGCAACAGUGAAAUGGAAGUUCGGGAAAGUCAAAAUGGAGCGAAUCUUUUGAAAAAUGGUCACGAAAGUAAAUGUGUGAGCACAAAAAUCGAGACCAAAGUGAAGAAAGCUAGGAGUUAUGUGGAGUUGUCGUUAUUAAAUAUGGCCAAUUCGGUGAAAAGCUUUGGUGUUAAUCAGAGGAGAGUUCUGGUGCUCUACACGGGAGGCACUAUUGGCAUGGUUAAGAAUAAAGAUGGGGUACUGAUACCACAGAAAGGCGCUUUCGAGAAUCUCAUCAGAGGGUACCCGCAGUUGCAUGAUAACAUGUUUUGGAGGCAAAGAUUGAGUGAAGCAGAUUUUGACACAUCAUUCUUAGUGCUACCAGAAGUAAAGGAGUUGGAUGUGAGGAUAUUUUACAAGAUAGUGGAGUAUGAGACGCUUUUGGACUCGUCCAACAUGACAGAAGUGGAGUGGAUUAAAAUCUCAGAAGAUAUUAUGAAAUACUAUGAACAGUACGAUGGUUUCGUAGUGUUGCACGGUACAGACACUCUCUCGUACACGGCGUCAGCAAUCUCAUUUAUGUUCGAGAACAUUGGAAAGGCAGUUGUUUUUACUGGAUCACAGAUACCAAUAUUCGAGCCGCGGAGCGAUGGGGCAGACAACUUUGUAUCUUCACUGAUCAUCGCUGGUGGCUUGAACAUUCCUGAAGUUACUGUAUAUUUUGGAAGCAAACUGUUUAGAGGCAAUAGAACUAGGAAAGUAUCAGUGAACAAUUUUUACGCUUUCGACUCGCCCAACUGUGUGCCACUCGUAGAAGUAGGCAUAGACUUUGAGGUGAACAAAAAAGCCAUAUUCAAGCCAACUGUGAUUGAGAAGUGCCAUCUCCAUGCGAAGAUGUCCAAGAAUGUUGGCCUAUUGAGGAUAUUCCCGAGUAUCAGUUCUUCUGUUAUCAAGGCAUUUUGUCAACAGCCGAUAGAAGGUGUAGUGUUAGAGAGCUACGGUGCUGGUAACAUUCCUUCAAAUAGAGACGACGUGUUCAAAGAGAUAGCCGCAGCCGUAGCACGUGGUGUCAUCGUCAUCAACAUCACCCAGUGCGCCACGGGCAGUGUCGUCACACCCAUGUAUGAAACCGGGAGAUUGAUUGCUGAAUGUGGCGUAAUUUCAGGCUAUGACAUGACUCCUGAGGCCGCCCUAACUAAACUAUCUUAUGUGCUGUCGAAAACAGAACUUACAUACCAACAAAAAGUGGAGAUGAUGGUAACAAAUAUAAGAGGAGAAUUGACAAACACGUCGUCAAUAGCUAUCGAGGAUAACAUUCUCGUAGACGCUCUAGCCACCAGCCUAAAUAUACAAUCACCUAAGAAGUUAAUUGAAGUAACAGAUAAAGUAUUCAGUGCUCUGUUACUUUACGCAAUAGAACAUGAUGAUGCUAGAGCGGUUAAGAAAAUGUUAGAUAUGGGCGCUGAUGUAAAUGCUGAAAACUCUGAAGGCAAAACUGUAUUACACGAAGCAAUACUAAAAGGAAAUGUGCCAAUUAUAGAAUAUUUGCUAAAAAAUGGCGCAAACGUACAUCUGAAGACAAGGUGCGGAGAAACGCCUCUACUGACAGCAAUACAUAAAGACGAUCACACAGUAAUCAAUCUGCUCAAACAAUGUGGUGCUCAUCUGACGAAUGCUGAUGCUAAAUCUGUUGCGGAAAUGCUGUCACUGGCAGCGAGGAGCGGUAUUGUCAAUAGGAUGGAGUCUUUGAGGAUAGCUGGAGCUGAUCUUAAUGCAUCUGAUGAGAUUAAACACACACCUUUGCAUAAGGCGGUGCUAUGUAAUAAUUCGGAUGUGGUACGAUAUCUUCUAGCACAGGAGGGAAUACAAAAGGAGUUGCCGGACGUCCUCGGCUUCACCCCAUUAGAUUGUGCCAUUAAGCUUGGCAAUCACAAUAUUAUAAACAUGCUUAAACAAUAAAAACCUAGUAAUA